CUUUUAUUACUCUUUAAUUAAUAGACUUACUACCGCGUGCAGUAUGUCUCGUUGCAACGGCUCAAGAUUAGUACCUGUAGAAUCGGAAUUGUAAGAUUACUAGAAUUAAAGUCACUUCGCUUAGAUUUACAUUUUUUCUGCAUUAGUUUGCGACUGGCUCACGGAAAUCAGCCAGGUAUUGCGCUCAAUAACUGCUAUUGGUUCUGGUAGAGGAUUUGUUGAUUUGCCACUUGCAACCAUUUCCCAUGUUUUAUCCAGAUUUAAUGACCUUGCACUCAUGUCAUCUGCAAAUUUGACUAGUAUGUUGUUAUCUGGAUCUUUGACUAUUAGAUCAUUUAUCAUUAGGGAAAAUAAAAAUGGUCCAAAGGACCUGUGCCUUGCGGUACUCUUUUGUUUAUGUUUAUGUUUAUGUUUAUGUUUAUGUUUAUGUUGAUGUUGAUGUUGAUGUUGAUGUUGAUGUUGAUGUUGAUGUUGAUGUUGAUGUUGAUGUUGAUGUUGAUGUUGAUGUUGAUGUUGAUGUUGAUGUUGAUGUUGAUGUUGAUGUUGAUGUUGAUGUUGAUGUUGAUGUUGAUGUUGAUGUUGAUGUUGAUGUUGAUGUUGAUGUUGAUGUUGAUGUUGAUGUUGAUGUUGAUGUUGAUGUUGAUGUUGAUGUUGAUGUUGAUGUUGAUGUUGAUGUUGAUGUUGAUGUUGAUGUUGAUGUUGAUGUUGAUGUUGAUGUUGAUGUUGAUGUUGAUGUUGAUGUUGAUGUUGAUGUUGAUGUUGAUGUUGAUGUUGAUGUUGAUGUUGAUGUUGAUGUUGAUGUUGAUGUUGAUGUUGAUGUUGAUGUUGAUGUUUAUGUUUAUGUUUAUGUUUAUGUUUAUGUUUAUGUUUAUGUUUAUGUUUAUGUUUAUGUUUAUGUUUAUGUUUAUGUUUAUGUUUAUGUUUAUGUUUAUGUUUAUGUUUAUGUUUAUGUUUAUGUUUAUGUUUAUGUUUAUGUUUAUGUUUAUGUUUAUGUUUAUGUUUAUGUUUAUGUUUAUGUUUAUGUUUAUGUUUAUGUUUAUGUUUCUGUUUAUGUUUAUGUUUAUGUUUAUGUUUAUGUUUAUGUUUAUGUUUAUGUUUAUGUUUAUGUUUAUGUUUAUGUUUAUGUUUAUGUUUAUGUUUAUGUUUAG